AUGAAAAGGGUUAGUCAUUUAAAAGUCGGUGGUAAACCUAUUAAAAGUGCCGAAGCGAUAAUUGCUUAUUUAGUCAAAUAUUUAGCGAAAUCUUUCCAAAUGCGAGAAAAUAAAGCGUUAGCCGAAAAAGUAGGAUUAUUACCGAGCAUGGGAAUUUAUAAAUUCUUUCGGGUUAUCUAUGGUUAUGAUAGCGAUCACACUUAUAUUGUUGAAAAAAGAAAAAAACCACUUACUUCCUCGCAAGUUUUCAUUAAUGACGAUUACGGCUUCCAGGAAGUCGUCGAAAAAGAGUUUAUUCCAUUAAAAAAAACCAAUUCUGAAAACCUUGCGACACCAGCGAGGAAAAUCAUUAUUGAAAUAAAGAAAGAGGGCACCAAAGCUUACCAAAAUUUUCAUGACUUUAUUUUACCAUCUCUUAAUAAACUUAAACUUCCCUCCUUUACUAAAUUUCAAGAUUACCAAGUAAAAGAGGAGGAUUAUCUUAAAUUUGCCCGUGCCGCUAAAUUGCCGUGA